CCAGCGUCAGUCGGUCGUCGAGCUGCCCGUGGAGCGUUUCGAGCCGCUCGCGCACGCACACGAGUCGCGCAAGACGCAAAUUUCGACUUAUUUACAACUCUAAAUUACCACAAACAACAACAACGACCAUAGGACUCUUCUCACGUUCAUUUCCCUAGUUGUAAUACAGAUUAAAACACUCGCAGUGCUGUACAAUUCAAGUGAUCACAGUGCCCCAGUGCGUAUAGUUUAAUAAUUCAAGUGUAAAGUGAUAAACUUUUAUUCCAAGGACACAGGAACAAGGAACAUUACCACUGGAGUUAUCACAAGGAAUGAUUGAAUGUUGGGUGUAAUGGCAACUGUCACUACCGGUCUCUUGUCGCCGAAUUCCUAUGGGCUAAAUACAGAACAAGCGGUCAAAAUGGCCGCCACGUCAGACGAGUACGACGAUAAUCCGUACGAUGGCGCACGUUUCACCGCGUCACAAUCCAGCGACUCAGAGCCGGACACCAGUGCCACCUGUUACCGCCUCGCCACACCAACCGAAACAGUACCCGCUAACAACAAGCGCAACAAACGGAAAAACUUCGAACCGCGCUGCACGAACAUAACCUUCUCAGACGCGGAAAACGAAGACACUCUACACCUAGCAAUUAAUAACAAUAAUAAUAAAAACAGACGGAAAACAACCGCGCGUAAAAUUAUACAUAAUCCACAACAGAGUAAUUUCUAUCCGAUGGAUUUGACGAAAAACGAGAGCGAAUCUCAGAGCGACGGUAGUAAUUCAGAUGAUGCUGAUGAAGAGUCGCCAAGUCGCCAUUUUGAUAGCUUUCACACCCAAGACAACGAAAAUGAACAUGAAAAUGAAAACAAUGAAGAUAAUGAGGAGGAAAACUCGAAUUCGGGUGAAGAUACCGAUGAUAAACCAGCGAAUAAUUUUUCCAUACAUAACUUAUCAAAGAGUUCGACAACGCCGGACUUUCAACAGUUGGCGGCGGCGGCUGCGGCAGCUAGUUAUCAUGCGCAGCAUGCGUUGUUGAAUGCUGCCGCGAAUGGAGGCGUUGCGAAUGGCCCAGGUGUGGAUAUGCGGGAGUAUGCUAUGAAUACCAUGCGUGAGUUGUUGGGGAUUUACGGACUUACAUCGGAAGUUGCUGAGAGUAUCACGCGACAGUUGCCUAUCGCUGCGUUUACUUCAGGUCAAAUGUUGGAAAGUUUAUCACUGCAUCAACUAGGCAACCAACAACACACGCAGCCAUUACAACAGCAGCAACAGAAUGCCUCGGGUAGUCAAACCCCGCCAAGUCAGCCACCCACACCACCCUCAACACCGUUAUCACCGAAAACCCCUUCGGCAUCGUCGAUCUCCUCCGUAUCACAUCUUUCGCACUUGAGUAACUUGGCGUCCAGUUUGAAUAAUUCCGUUAAUAACAUUCCAAACAUCCCUAGCUCUAUCCCGAAUAUUCCUAAUGUUACUAUCACUACCAGUGCGGGUAAUACACCCUCUCCGUUGAAUUUGAUGUCUGUGAAAAAGAAUCGAAGAAUAUUAUCAGUGGAGGCGGCGGUGGUGGUAGUAGUGCUGGUGGAAGCAACAGGUUCCUCACAGGGGCUGUUACACCGACCAAUGGUAAUACAAGUACUCCACUCGGGGGCGGCGGUGGUGUUGGUGCGCAUUCGUCGCUUUCACCCCAAUCGGCUGCGUUGA